AUGGAGUAUUUGACUAGAAUCUUACGCAAGGUGGCUAAGGAGGCUGAGUUUAAAUUUCAUCCUAGAUGCCAAAGUUUAAAGCGCGCUCAUCUUUGUUUUGCAGAUGAUCUCCUUUUAUUUUGUAAAGGAGAUUACAUUUCUGCUCAUUUGUUGUUGAGAGGAUUUAAAUUGUUUUCUAAUUCCUCUGGUCUCAAAGCGAAUAUCAGUAAAUUCGCGGUCUAUGGGGCAGGUAUGAAUUCGAACACUAUAGAUAGACUUGUGGACUUAUCUGGAUUUCAGAAAUGUAGUAUGCCUUUUCAGUAUCUUGGCAUGAAGAUUUGUGCUAAAAGGAUCUCUAAAGCUGACUGUGUGAGUUUGGUGGAUAAGAUGUUUUGCAAAGAAUUAUACAAGUUUGUAGAGCUUAUUUGUGGAAAGGGGGUUGAUUGGAGUUGUAGUCCGGGCCAUGUGUCUUGGUCUGUUACUUGCCGUUCUAAAUCAGAAGGAGGUUUGGGGUUUAGAGAUAUUGCCUUAUGGAACUUUUGUGCCAUGAGUAAACAUGUUUGGGAUAUUUCCUCUAAGAAGGACAACUUAUGGGUUAAGUGGGUGAACAUAAUUUACAUCAAGCAAGGAGAUUGGUGGAAUCAUGUAGCGCCGGUAGAUGCUAUCUGGUAUUGGAAACAGAUAGUGCAAGUGAAAGAUAAACUCAAAACUGUGUUCUCUCACCAAGAGUUUCACAGUUUUAGUUUUACUAUAGCGUCUCUAGUGUCUAAAUUGAAUAUAGUUGCUGGCAGAUGGCAGUUUGCUAUGAUUUGGGACAGGUUUUCUUAUCCCAAGCAUAGAGUUAUUAUUUGGCUAGCUCUCCUUGACAGAUUACUGACUCUUGAUAGAAUUCAGAGAUAUAAACCUCUUCAGAGUAUUGCUUGUAUGCUGUGUGGGAAUGCUGUAGAGUGCCACUCGCACCCGUUUUUCUCUUGUUGUGUUAGUUCUAAAAUUCUAGUUGAGGUUCUGCAGUGGUGUAAUAUAUCUUAUCAUGGGCAUGAUCUCAAGAACCUGCUGAAGUGGAUUGGGAAAAAAAAAAUUCGCAAGGCAGAAGGAAGAUUUUUAUCAGCAUAA